AUGGCCUCACCCAAAACCGUCAAGGAUGUUCAAAAACUCACAGAAAGGAUAGCGGCUUUAAACAAGUUCGUCUCUAGGGCUACAGACAAAUGCCUACCCUUUUUCAAGACCUUGAAGCAGGCUUUUGCCUGGACCGACGAGUGCGAAACGGCGUUCCAAGAGUUAAAGCAUUACCUGAGUAGUCCACCUCUCCUAAACCCGUCCAAAGAAGGAGAAAACCUAUACUUAUACCUGGCAGUGUCAGCCUCGGCAGUAAGUGCAGUUUUGAUUAGAGAAGAAGGCAAGAAGCAGCUCCCGGUUUACUACGUCAGCCAAGCUUUCCAAGGAGCUGAGUCCAGAUACCCAAGGAUCGAAAAGAUUGCGUUUGCACUAAUAGUAGCCUCGCGCAAGAUCAGAACAGCGAUCAAGGCGCAAGCUCUGGCGGACUUCAUCGCAGAAUUCACUCUCCUAGACGAAGAUAGGAUUACUGAUGAGGUAGAUAAAUGGACAAUACAGACUGAUGGUUCGUCAGCCCAAAAGAAAGGGGGAUUAGGGGUCGUUAUAACCACCCCUGACGGAGAAGUGCUGAAAUAUGGGGUCCAACUAAAGUUCCCAGCUACCAACAAUGAAGCUGAAUACGAAGGAAUACUGACGGGACUGGGGCUUGGGAAAGCUCUUGGUGCUAAAAACUUGUUGAUCCAAAGUGAUUCAAAGCUAGUGAUCGGACAGAUCAAGGGAGAGUACGAGGCAAAGGAAGAAAGGAUGCAGAAAUACCUCAAGCUGACGAGACAACUAACUCAGGAAUUCGAUACAGUGGAGUUCGUGCAGAUCCUAAGAAGUCAGAAUAUGGGGGCUGACGAAGUAUCAAAGCUAGCGUCAUUAGAAGAAGGGGGGAUUAGCACGGACCUGGCGAUAGAGGUCCAGAAACACCCUAGUAUCGAAGAGGUUGCAACGUUCACCAUCCAGAGCACAGACACCUGCAUGACGCCCAUAAUAUCCUUCCUCCAGGACGGGCGCCUCCCUCAAAACACAGAAGAAGCUAAAAAGAUCAAAAAGAGAGCAGCCAGGUUCACGAUCCUGAAUGACGCCUUGUACAAGAGAGGCUUCUCUAUGCCUUACUUGAAGUGUGUCGACAAGGAAGAGGCCAGAUACAUCCUGGAAGAAGUCCACGGAGGAAUUUGUGGCGACCACGCCGGCUCCAGAUCCCUGGUAAACAAGGUGGUAAGAGCAGGAUAUUUUUGGCCAACCAUGCAGGUGGACGCUGUUGAGAUCGUCAAGAGGUGCGACAAAUGCCAGCGAUACGGGAAUGUACAACGGCUUCCAGCAAAGAGAAUGACGACUAUCGCUUCCCCAUGGCCAUUCGCACAGUGGGGAAUCGAUAUCGUCGGUCCUCUGCCCCAAGGUAAAGGUCAGAACCACCGCCAGAACCCCAACAGGAGAAACCCCCUUCAGGCUUACCUAUGCACAGAAGCAGUAAUCCCAGUCGAAGUGGGGGUCACGAGCAUCAGGCGAGGAACUUUCAACAAAGGGAUCAACGACGACGAACUGCGACUCAACCUGGAUUAUUUGGACGAAGUAAAAGACAACGCAUCCAGCAAGAUGACGAAGUAUCAGAAAAAGAUGGCCGAAUACUACGAUAAGAGGGUCAAACUCAGACGACUGGACAUAGGAGACCUCGUCCUACGCAGGACCACCACGGCAACUAAAGACCCUACCCAGGGAAAGCUGGGUCCUACGUGGGAAGGUCCCUACCGAGUCAUUCACUACUCAAGAUAA